UACUUGGUGAGGAGAUGGAUAGAUGAAGGUGAAAAAGUUACUUUUACGUGACCCUGACCGGAAGAAGGGCUUGGUUGAUAUCAGCAGUUUGUGUAAAUCUAAGUAUAUGAUACAUGGGAAUUGGUGUGAUUUUAAAAUACAUGAUAAUGCAAAAGCAUAUUUAGUUCGAGGAUGUGGUUCCGGGAUAAGUGAUAUUUUUGGUACUGCUAGUUAUUAGCAUGCUUAGAUUGUGGAUAGUCUUACGUUUUCAACCUUGAAUAUGAUAUGACAGUUAUUGUUUUUAAAAUAAUAAAAUGUUGAAAUCCUUUGAAUUUGCAAGUUUUCGGCAAGAAUUUGAAUUGAACGAGGAAGACUUGUAUGCCAAAUUGUAUUUAGGUUGUUUCUUGCUGUAAUAAUAAGAGUUAGGGUAGCGUGUUAUUAGAGCCUGUUUAAAUGCAAGUGUGUAGAAAGUUGAAAACAUGAGUCAGUAAACGUACGUACUCUUUGCAUUGAAGGGUGGAUAAUAUUGAAGGCAUAGAACACGGGAUUUUGCGAAUUUGGCAUUUUGCGACUUUUCGUAUCGUAUCUAUAGUCCAUCAUUCGUACCACACAGUAGAAGAACAGAACAGCAGACACUCGCUGAUUUCAUUAUGCAACUCAAGUUCGGGGCCACAGCACAGCAGCAAAGUGCGAAUUUGAUAUGUAGUAGUGCAAUAAUUUUAGUGAUUACAAAGAAUAUGUUUUAGUGAAGUUGGGUGAAGUUUUAUAAAUAUGUACAAAACGUGCUUUGAAAACAAUUAUUAGAGAUUCCUUUUAUGGAAAAUAUAUAGAGACUUAAAGAUAUUAGGCUUUACAAAUUCUCACGUGGCCUUGGUUGACAUCCGGACUCCUUGAAGCUCGGAUGUGCCUGAAAAUGGUUAAAUAGGGCCAAUUUCAACUCGAGAAAUGAAGUAGAUCCAAAAAGGUGUCCAAAGCGAGAAUUUGAACAAAAGAACGAAAAGUAAAAUGUCAAAGAAGGCAUCGAAGGAGGCCCCGGCUUCAGAUUCAGCUAACCACGAUGGGAUUCCGGUCGACUUUAUUUUGCAAACGAUGCUUGCAAGAGCAAGUGCUCCAGGAAAACGACAAAUUCGUCCCAAGAAUGUCGACGCUUUACUCAAUGCAGACAUUCAAGAACUUGGAUCCGACGAAGAUCCUGAUUUCGAUGUAUCCGAAGACAAACAUCACAACGAAAGUGAUCUCUCCAUUGAAUCGGAGCUUGAUGAUGAUGAUGACGAUGAAACCGGAAAAGGUUCCAUGGAUGGUAACGUUGAAGAUACUGAUGAUGAAGAUGACGUCUCUUACGAUGCAAACAAUGAUCCUCGUCAAAGUCUGGAUACUUCAGACGAGGGAAGUGACGAAGACGACGAAGAAGAUGACAGCGCCGGCGAUGAGCAAAGCUCGGAAGAUGACACUGAUUCGCAGUCCCCUGUCCAAAAGCGUUCCGCACUUAGAGAUACUCUCAAAAAGUUGAACGAAUCAGAAUUUUCUCCUCAAACAAGUCGGAAAAGGAAACGUCCACGGAAAGCUGGAGUUGCUAAUAGUCAAAAACGGGGAGGUGGAGGAGGGAAAAAGGACGAUGCUGAAGGAAAAUCAAGCAAAAAACCAACAAAGACCAAUAAGAAAGAUUCUUCUGCUGGGGACAAGAGCAGUCAGCCAAGGAAAAAGGGGGGAGCAGGUGGUGCUAGCAAGAAACGAAAGAGUGUAGAUGAAGGUGACCGAUCAAAGUCAAAGGAUAAGAUCAAAGCUGCUGCUAAAAGAAAGAAAAAGUCUGGUGUGGUCGACAGGCAAAGAACUAUUACAGAGAUGGUGUUAAGUGUUGAAAAGUCACAAAAGGAAAACAGGAAAGAGCUUAUGGUGGGAAGUCCAAUAUGCUCAGCGUGUUUGGGCAAAGCUAGCGAUGAAAUGAACGAAAUAGUAGAAUGCGAUUCUUGUGGAAUAACUGUUCACGAAGCUUGUUAUGGUGUGAGUGACAUUUCAAGCCUAUCUAGUGGAACAGGGUCAUCUUGUUCAACUGAACCUUGGUUUUGUGACGCUUGUCGUUGUCGUACAAGAGCCAACAUUUCUUGUGAACUUUGUCCUAUGCAGGGUGGUCUGUACAAAGAAACGACCGCUGGACGUUGGGUUCACUUGGUAUGCGCCCUGUACACUCCUGGAGUUAUAAUCACUGAUACCGGUCUUCCUAGCUUGUUUGAAAUUCCAUACGCCAAGUGGGGUGCUCAUCCAUGUUCGCUUUGUGAUGACUCGCGCUUUGCCAGAUGUGGGAUUUGCAUACCAUGUGAUGCUGGGAUGUGUAAAACAUAUCUUCAUGCAACUUGUGCUCAAAAGCAUGGACUAUUGUCGGAUCCAAUACAACACGCUUUGCCUGGAUGCGAAUUGGAGGCUGAUCCUUACUAUGCUGCUUGCAAGUUACACACAAACCGUGAAACUUCAAAACGAAGAUCAAAAUGUUUCUCCAUUUUGCAAGAACAGUUGAGAAUCAAGCAAGAGCAGAAAUUAGCCACUGACAUAACUCCGCAAGAACGAGAAAACCAGAGCAGGAUACGUCGAAAACUUGAGAGGAUUCGUUUUAAAGUGGCAAUAAAACAGGCGCAUAUUUAUACAACUCAAAUGUCUAAAAAUUCUUCCCCUUCUUCAUCAGUACCUCUUACUGCCAACAAUCUAAACGCAUUGUCAUCAAACCUUCUCCCCCCUCUUCCCACUUUGGCAGAUACUCUGCCUCCCAGUUGGAAAGAGGGCAAUAAGAAACCAAGAAUUCUUCCUACAUCUGCUGGAACAGCAAUGGCGAUGCUGAGGAAGGCAACACUCAUGGGAUUAGACGUGAAAUCAUUGGAAUUGGAGGACAAGCAUUCUCGAAUUGCGACAAGUGUCAAGAAAAAGUGGAAUAUUCCACCAGGACUUAGCGUCGAAUAUGCUGCCUACUAUGCUGAUAGGGAAUGCAGAAUUGCAGGGUUGACUCAGCAGUGUGAAAAAUUGGAGAAGGAAAAUCAGCAGCUUAACAAUAAACAGAUUGAUUUACAGAAUUCGUACGAUAUGCAAUCUAUCAAUAAUGAGUUAAUGGAUGAGGAUACCGGCUCCAUGAGGGAGAAUUUAGUUGGUAUCACGUCACUUCUCAAGACACUUUGUUCGCCAAGCAAUAAAAAACUCGUCACCUCUCUUCAAGGAAUUGAAGCCAAGACGGCAAUUGAGGAACCACCACAACGGCGACGAAGUCCUAGCCACUCUAAUAGAAGACUUAGCCCUGCAAAGACAUCAAUCGGAAGCAAUAAAAACGCUAGUAAUAAGAAAAGUAGUAGUAACAGUACUUCCUUCUCUCCACCUGUUCAAACCAUUUCAGAGCGUCUUGCCAUCAAGACAUGUUCGAUUUGCGACCAAUCCGAUGAGCAACCGUGGAUUAUCCGUUGUGAUAAUUGUAAAAAGUUAUACCAUAUGAAAUGUCUGGAUCCACCACUUACAAGAAUGCCUAAACGAUCCAAGCUAUGUGGAUGGAUGUGUUCAGAUUGUGGGGAAGAAGAAUUGGAGGCAGAGGAGGCCGAAGUUGACACCGAGGCUCCAAGAACUUUGCGAGGUCGUACUAAAAUCCGAAAACCUGGAAAGUAUCGACAUUCUACAGAUUCCAAGGAAGGAGAUCUUAAAAUUGUAUGCGAAGUGCCAGAACCAGACUCUAGUAUCAUCAUGCUGACAAAUAACCUGAUUAAAGUAGAAACGCCAGCAGCAAGCGCAAUUCCUCCCCUUACCAAUGGAAGUGUAAACAAACCAAGAAAACGGAAAAGUGAAAGUUCUACUUCCACCAAUCUGUUUUCUCCAGUGUCCAAUGCGUCUGGGUCACAUUUAAAUAGCAGUAGCGCUGAAACUACUCCAAAGAAACCCAGAAAGACAAAGAAACAACUGCAGAGCGAACAAAAUGAGCACCUCUCCACGACCUCCCAGAUUGAAGGACAUACACCACCACUUCAUGUUCCAGUUGACGGCAAUAGCAUCCCCAUUGCGAGUACACCCAAACCGAAAAAACCUCGAGCCCCCAGGAAACCUAAAUCAAUAAAAACCGAAGACCUAGUCGCUUCUCCAGUAAUAAAGGAUGAACAGUUGAGCAUUAUUUCUGGGGAACUCAACCCUGUUGUUCUUGAAACUCCUAUCGUCAUCACCACUCCUAAGAAACGACCCAAGACAAUAAAAUUAGAAAAAACGCCAAAAGUGGCCAAGGUACCAAAGACGCCACGAACUCCAAAGAAUGGACCAUCACCUAAGAUGAAAAAGAAGGCAACGUUGGACUCAACUACUACAGUUGCUCAGGUUGAUACUUCCGGACUUUUACAUUUUCCUUCGGUUGACUCAUCUAACGCUGCUGCUGUUGUGAUUGCCAAAAAGAAACGAAUCAAAAAGGUCAAGAUUAAAGAUGAGCAUCAAAUUUCGUCACCACAACUGAGCAUAGAAGGAAGUAGUGGGGUAGAUAUUGGUAGUGGUGGAAGCGAUCUUGUAAGUUUGUUCAAAAGAAAGCCAAAAAAAUCGAGAAAGGCUUUAUUAGCAGACAAAUCUCAAAUUUCGUCAUUUUCGUCACCACAACUGAACAUAGAAGGAGGUGGUGGGGCAGGUGGUGGUGGAAAUGAUCUGGCAAAUUUCUUUCAAAGAAAAACGAAAAAACCGAAAAAGUCUUUAGCAGAGUUACAAAAAAAUAUGAUGGCUGCUGCUACAGUGGCAGUAAAAAAAGGAGACGAACCAGGCCCAGUUGUCCUUACGAAUGGGAAACCAAAAGUGACAAAGAGGCGAAAGUCUUCUGCGGCUGGAAUUGGUGGCUUAGGAGAUGCUGAUAAGGAUGCAUCAAUUCCCCCCAAGAAACGGAAGAGGAUCACUGCUUCAUUGUCUAUACAGGCAAAUGCAAAUCAAGACGCCACAAUCAAUGCCGUGGCUAGUGGAGCAUUCGAUGGCUACUCCAUUGACGAGGCGCAAAUGAACGGAAUUUCGAGACCAGCCUUACCAGAUGGCGUUUUGAUGCAGGGCAGUGGAUGGAAUAAUAACACGGAUGCUGAUGAACUCAUGAAAGGUCAUGCAAUGGGUUCUAACUGCAGUAGUUCUGACGUUGUAACUGUCAACGCCAGCGAUUUAAUUGACUGUGUAUUAAAUACGCCAUUGGUCACCACUACAGCUACAGUGAGUGGAUAUUCGCCAGGAUUUUACUCAAAUUCACCUGUCACAAGCAGCAAUCCUGCAUCGACAACGGUCUCCAGCACGGUUUCUCCAUCGAACAACUUUAUGAUCAACCCAACAUCAACUCCUAUUAUGGAUGGAGAAUUGAUGGGCACAAAUUCUUCUUCUCAAGUGUCGUCCUGGGUUCAAAAUCCGCCCACAACGCAAGAGAGCCAAAAUGUCAUUAAAUUGAUUUACGAAGCUAAUGAUACUACAAUCACAACCACGUGCUUAGAUUCGCCUCGAAUGGCAGCAGCUAACUAUGCACCAGCACAACAUGUCAUUGUGCCUCCUCUCAACAAUACUGCUGCACCACCCAUUGUUCCCAAAGUUCCGUCUUCCGAGUAUCACCGCAUCUGUUUUGCCUGCAAUAAUGAAGACUUAAAGAAGAACAUGGUCACGUGUGACAAAUGCGCUCAAGAUUAUCACUUCAUGUGUUUAACUCCUCCACUCAUGUACUCGCCCAGGCGGCGUAACUAUUCGUGGUAUUGUUCCGCGUGUGACGAAGCGGGUGCUGAAUCACAAGCUGCGACUCAACAAAAUCAAAAUCAGAAGCCUGUGGAACCACCCCCUGUCCAAUCUGAAAAUACACAAUCUCCUGCACCGCUUCCGCAACAAGCACAGCCCUACACUGUUCGUAUAUUUGAUGACGACCGUUUGAAAAAUUUUCCUAUUAAUCAUUAAUUAGCCUCAGUGAUGUCAACUAUUUUAGGUGAACCAAGUUAACAGGUCACCUUCAUUCCUCGUUGUUAUCUCUGAUUAAUAACGCAUAAGUAAUAAUUACAAUAUUUUCUAUGCACUGCAUUAUCGUUGUUAAAUUUGAAAAUAUGUAACAGGGUGUUCAAAAAUUAGGUAUUGGUAGUAUGCAGGUUUUGAAAUUCACAAGUUUGAAAAAGUAAUUGUUGUCUUGUCCGUCUUUUCAUAAAUUGUUUGUGAUACACGUGUAGGUAUGUAGAUUAUCAUAAUUAAUGUAGAAUGACUGUGUGCACAUUAUGUUAUUUAGUAGAUAUAAUUCGUGUUUAAUCACUUUCUCUCUUUUCUCUUAGUAGCGGAUUCAGACGGAUUUUUGACAACCAUCUGCUUUAAUUAAUUUACAGCAUCACCUUGUAAUAACUACAACUUCCUUCCAUAAUAUGCCGUGUGUAUAGUAAAAAAACAUCAACAUAAUAAUUGACCAUUUCUAAGAGAUAACUAUAUAUAUAUAUGUUAAUCUCCUUCUGAUUAAACUUCCUGUAAUGUGAUUUGUAAGCUUGUCAAGAACCACUGGCCACAAUCUUACACAUAUAAAUAUCUAUAUAUAUAAAACACAAUAUAACAGUAUAAAAGAACAUUUUCUACUUUAUCUAAUUAAAAGCAAUAUAUAUAUGUAGUUACAAAAUAUUGACUGGGAUUCUGUUUUCAUGUCCUUGUUCUCAAAAUAAAUAAUCUUUACAUUUUAUUACCAGGCA